GUCUUUCUGACACCAUGGCAGCCCGCGCUUUGAUCCUUACGGUCCUUCCCCUGCUUGUGGCGUGCCAGUCGGGAGGCAACCUUCGUGGAAGCCCGAGCAUCGACAGUCUUAUGGCGUGCACCGGCACCGGAUCGCUGCCCGAUGGUCCGGUCUGCUACGGGGGAUCUCUUUUGUCGGAGACUUUCAACAUCCACGUCAUCAGCCACGAUGGGCAGGUUGGCAUCGUCGACAUGAAGGCGGAGGGCCCCAUGGCCGGGGAAUGUGAGGGCGCCAACUUCCAGAACAAUGACAACGUCAUUACUGUUGAGAAUGAUCACGGUUGUGGCUUGACAAAGUAUGAGUACACGGUUGAGUACUGCCCCGACCAGGACCAUGUGAUCGUAAACCUGGCCAAGCCCUACGUGGUCCGCGUCGUGCUGGACAGCCAGGCAUGCCCUGCUGCUGGCGAGGUCUAA